UAUGUAAUGCACACAUGUUUGAAUUGUAGGUAAAUAUAUAUUACAUGACACGUAAUGGCAGAAAAGCCAGAAGACUUGAAUUUGCCGACUGCAGUGAUAGCAAGAAUGAUCAAAGAAGUGCUUCCUGAAGGUAUUAACAUUUCGAAAGAGGCAAGAGCUGCCAUCAGCAAGUCUGCAAGUGUGUUUGUUUUGUAUGCAACAUCAUGCGCCAAUAACAUUGCAGUGAAGCAUAAAAGAAAAACCCUGUCUGCUUUUGAUGUGUUUGAAGCGAUAGAAGAAAUGGAGUUUCCAUCAUUCAUCGAACCAUUGAAAGAUGGAUUAGAAGUUUAUAAGAAAGAACAAAAGGGAAAGAAAGAUGCAGCCGAGUUAAAAAGAAAACAAAGAGCUGAAGCUACUGAGAAACAAGAGACUGACGCCGGCGAAAAAAAGAAAAAAUCAUCUGAAAACGAAGAAGAUGAAUCGAUGACAGAAGUGACGUCUGUGACGGAAGUGACGAAUGAACAGGAAAAAAAGAAGGAAGAAGAACCAGAAAAAUGGAAAAUGGAGGGCGGAGGUGGCGGUGGACAACUUGGUGGAGGAUACAUUUCCUCUGCACACUGUAGCUCGCCCGAGGAUCUCAGUUAUCCAAAUUUCUUUCAAGCAUUUAUUGAGAAUUUUAAAUAUACGCUCAAUCUGUUGUUAAAAAUUAGUAGGAGCUGCUUGUUAAAUAGCUUUCAAAAUAGUGAAAAACGGUGCCCACAGGGUUUGUUGCCUGAUUUCAAAGCUGCUAGCGCCUUCUUUUCGUCUAACAACGCCGGCUUCGAUGUGAAAAAGGCAAGAGGACGAGGUUGUCCAGUCCCCUUCGCAGGACCCUCGUUGAUAACAGUAUCAGCAGUGAGAACUGAAGAGGCUGAAGAGGCUUUUCUAGGAUACAAACAAAAUGGGUGGGGAUUUUUUGAUUUUGUCAUUUUGGGUUUACCUUUGGAUAAGAAACCAUUAAACUGGUUAAUCAUGCCUCGAUCAUUUUUGGUAAAGACUAUUAAAACAAAUGAAAGAAAAAAACGUCUAUGGAACAAUAAUAAUGAUGUUCUCAACAGUGCUGGGAAUAAGAUGGCACAGUCAAUUGAACACAAGGAAGUAACGAAGGAUACUUUCGUGCAGAAUUGGAAAUAUAUUUUUGAAACAGAUGUUCCAAAGCCAGCGGUUAGUUGCAGAGCUACGCCAGCUACCGUAGACUGUGCACGUAAUGUCAAUAACAAUAACAAUAAAGACUGGUUUAACAACUACCUGCACAUAGCUAAGCAAGAAAUCUGGAUGAAGCCAGGAGCUCUGAAGAAAGACUUGUCACUUCCUGUUGAAAGCAUGCUAAAAAACCGAUACAAUUGCUCACAAUGUGAAAAGGCUUUUAACACUGUUCAUGGUUUGGAAGUGCAUGUACGACGAUCGCAUCCUGGAAAGCUACGGCCGUAUCACUGCGAACUGUGUGGAAAAACCUUCGGCCAUAAAAUCAGCCUGCAACAGCACAAAGAAACCAUCCAUUCGGCGUUUCGAAGUUUCACCUGCACAGAAUGUGGAAAAGCUUUCAAACGCUCAUCAACUUUAUCUACACACAUGCUUAUUCAUAGUAAUACUCGACCGUACGCAUGCGUGUAUUGUGGAAAGCGUUUUCAUCAAAAAUCAGAUAUGAAGAAGCAUACAUAUGUUCACACAGGAGAAAGGCCAUAUCAAUGUGGAGCAUGCAAUAAAGCGUUUAGUCAAUCUUCUAACUUGAUAACACACAUGCGCAAACACAGUGGUUUCAAACCAUUCCGUUGUGACAUAUGUUCAAGGGACUUUUAUCGAAAAGUUGAUUUGCGACGCCAUGUCUUGAUGCAGCACAAGCAGUACAUGUUAAACUGAAAUGUGAUGAAAACUGAAAGUUGGAAAGUGUAAAUACAGACUUGCAUACAACAAACAAUGCAUGUUACGGUUCGUUUCCAUUUAAACGAAUUUUAGAAUUAAUCGAUGAUCGAUAAAUGAUCACUUCCAAAAUUUUCGCUGAUUGAUUUUGUUUAAGUAGAAACCUGCCUUCAAGCUUUAUUAAUAAAAAAUAAAAAUUAAAGAGUGUAAUAAAGUAAGAGUAAACACAGACUGCAGCACAAGCAGUAAAUUCUAAACUGCGUCUUAAUGAAACAUGUAAGUUGGAAAGUGCACGGAUUUGUUGCUUGCGAAUAUGAAA